AUGUCCCAGCCAGAUCGCAUCUGCACACCCCUUGUAGCCAUGUCUGAAUACUUGGUGCAAAGAAAACUUUUCAUAUUUGGUGCACUCCUGGCCUGGAUGAUUCUCUUUCACAUACUGGUCAACGUUUGGCUUCUCUGUGUGUUUACCAGCCUUUUAAUAGUCACUGGUGGUUGGCUUGGCUUUCAAGCUGUCAUUGAUUUGGAAAGUGUUAUUCACCUUGACCGUUUUAUCACGCUGGAGGAGAUCCGGCCUUCGGCCAAUAGUGAGACACAGCUGGACAAUGAGAUCCGGGACACAGUUGGUAAAAUAAUCAGAGACUUUGUCUCUUCUUGGUACAACAUAGUGUCUUCUGAGCACAAGUUUGAGGAUGAUCUGCGAAAUUCCAUGAUUGAAAUGGGAAUGGAGCUUAAGCGGCGAGCAAAGAAGGUGGACAGGAAAGCUUUAACUAUGAAGACUUUAGAUCUUUGUGGAUGUCAUUUGCAGUGCUACUUAAAAGCCAAGGAGAUAAUGGUUGAAAAAGAAAGCCAGAAAGAAAGUGCCAGUGCUGAUACUAGCCUCUGGCAGGCAUACAGCGUGUCAUGCUCUCCUCACCCAGCUCUGCAAAGUUCUGCUGAAGAAGUCAAUUAUGCUCGUGCGAUUGUGGAUUUGCUUUUACAUGUUCUUGUACCUCCACCACAUCUUGAAACCAGAACAGGGAGAUUUGUGGUGUGUGAACUCAUAACGUGCAACGUCCUUCUGCCUUUAAUUGCAAAGCUGUCCGAUCCAGACUGGUUAAAUAUGUUGAUCGUGAAUGUGUUUACUAAAUCUGCUAAGCCAGAAUCCAGACCUACAGAGCCAGUGAACUUACCAUCUCCACCAGUGGCGGUUUCAGCUGAAGAACAAUCCCACCAGCAUUUUGAGGUUCCAUCAUCUUUAACCUUAAAGGACAAACUGGAAACUCCAUCUGUGACCGACGCAUUACCACCAGAAUUGACCAGCAAUGAUGUUCCUGAAUCUGCAGAUCUUUACUGUCUGCAGAACCAAGAGGAUGAAGAACCAAAUCAGAUCAGACCAUUUUCCUCAGUCCAUCCAGAUUUUAACUCCACAGAUUACCCCCGACUUGCAAAGUCCAACCCUUUCUAUCAAGAAACAGACUCUGAUCUUGAGUCCCCUCAGAAUGAUUUCAAAAGGAGCUCAUUGGAAUCCCUGGUUCUAAUAGCCACUGAGGAAGCAACAUCAGAUCGAACCAUUGAGUGCCCCACACUUGUAGAUGAAGAACCGGACCCAGAGGAUGAGUUACCCCUAUGUUCUAAUGCCCCCAAGGUUGUGGUCUCUGAAAUUCAAGAAGAACCGUCUGAUAUUCUGGAUGAACCAGAUGAACUUUUGUCAAGUUUUUGUACUCUUCAGGAUCUUGAGAAGGGUACAUCAAAGGCGGAAAUGGGCACCACUGGUGUGGAGCAGUUCGGGGUGGUGAAUUCUAAUGAGCUGACUUUGACAGAACCCCUGCAGGCCUCCUCUCCUUCGGGCGGGGCCAUGCCACUUUCUCCGUUUGCAUUUGAACCCCUAAGCAGCCCUGAAGGCCCAGUUAUUAUUCAAAACCUUCGCAUCACAGGCACCAUCACAGCUAAAGAACACAGAGGCACAGGCUCGCAUCCUUACACACUCUACACUGUGAAGUAUGAGACAUCUGUGGACUCUGAGAAUCCAGGCACAAUUCAGCCAGUAGCCUAUCACAUGGUGAAUCGGCGCUAUAGUGAAUUCUUGAACCUGCAGACUCGUUUAGAGGAGAAAACUGAAUUACGAAAAAUUCUGAAACAUAUUAAGGGACCUAAGAAAAUCUUUCCAGACCUUCCUUUUGGAAACAUGGACAGUGACAGAGUGGAGGCCAGAAAAAGUUUGUUAGAAACCUUCCUUAAGCAACUUUGUGCUAUACCUGAAACUGCCAACAGUGAGGAAAUGCAGGAGUUCCUCGCCCUCAACACUGAUGCAAGGAUUGCUUUCGUGAAGAAGCCAUUCAUCGUCUCACGAAUAGACAAGAUUGUCGUAAAUGCAAUAGUGGACACGCUGAAGACAGCCUUCCCCAGAUCAGAGCCACAAAGCCCCACUGACGAGGUGGAUCCUGAGCCUGAAGGAAAACUGUCCUCUGACAAAAAGGCCAAAUCCAGAAUGCGAUUCUCCAGUAAAAUUGCACCAGCUCUUAGUGUGUCUGACAUGAAACCCAAAGUAAUAUACUGCUUUGAUGACAAUAGCACAGUUUUUAAUGGUCUCACCUUUGAUGGCCUAGAAAGCUUCAUCAUGGAGCAGGAGCGGCUUCCGAGUAAAGUCCGAGACGGAGACGGAGAGCAUGACGUUAACCCUGGUCCCAGAUUUGAUACAGAGUCCUGCACAUGUGCAAGAGGAAAAUUACCAAAUAUUAUUCAGAAUCAGGCAGGGGGGACUGUAGUUGCUGACAUGGCUCUGAAUAUCCUGUGCCUGUUGAUGAAGGACCAGUGGAGUUGGCUGUGCACUGAGAAUGUCCAGAAGAGCAUCAGGAUGGUGUUUGGGACCCUCAUAGAACGGUGGCUGGAGGUUGGUGUAGCAAAUCUGAUGUGUACGCAGUACUGGGUGACCUAUUUGCGGGUGAUCCAGGAGGCUGUGUGGCCUGGUGGAAACCUUCCUGCCCAGCCAAGACCUUUGCGAACUCAACAGCAGAGAGAUGAUACCAAACAGCAGUCCCUGCAGUGCUUGAUGAAGUUACUGCCAGACCUUGUCACUGAUUUGCUGGGCUCAGAAAAGUACAAGCUCUCCUGGCAGAUCGUGCUCGACUCUUUUCAGGAUUCCACCAUAAACAGGCAUCUGGUGUACUGUGUUUGGGACCUGCUCAUCGAGUUCCUCGUCCCCGAGCUGUCUGAAGACGACUUUCAAAAGACGCUGCUCCACAGCCUGUCCAAAAAUGCAGAGAAACUACCACCCUAGGAACUCAGCAACACUUUACACUUUCACAAACCUUGUACACACAUGUUUGCCCAGUCAUUGCCUGUUUUUGUGAAAUCCUGUCAGCGGUCAGUCCUGAACAUUUAGGCAAGUGAAUGAGGUGAAAUUGGAUUUACUGAUGGUUUGCUCUGGUCCUAAUUUAGCUCUUACGUGUCUGGGUCUCGAACACAAUAUGCACAUCUGGCUGAGCUUUGAUUACUGGCCACCUGCUUUGCAUUUUACCAGCUUUUGUCUGAUCUCUAAGACACCACUGGACCGGAUCUGAAUUCGCAGAAAGCCGUGUUUUCAGGUUCUCCUCCUCCUUCUUGUCUUGAACUGUGGAUAGACUCUGUAGAGAUGGAAUUACAUGGUAAAAAAAUGAGCACAAGACAGAUUGGCAAGUGAUGCAUUGUUCUGUAUCAUAACCAUGUCUAUAGAAAUUUUUCUUUGUUAACUUUUCUGCCCUUUGCUAUGAGCCCCACACUCAUUCUGCUUAAGGCCUUCCUCGGAAAUCACCAAGAGUUUUCAGCUUCCUGUCUUAUCUGAUCUUCGCGGGUAUUCCAUGCAAUGGCUGUAGACUUGUAAGGCUUGUUUUAUUGGUGCCAUGCAGAAAGCGUGCGUGCUUUCUGGGGUUUCAGCUGUUUACUAACAACAGCUUGGUCUGUGCGCACAUUGUGACUUGGCAGUUUACUGCCAGCAUACAGUUGUCCUAAAAUGACCCGGAGUAACUGAGUAAAGGGGCCAGUUGCCUUUUUGUUCAAGUCUGUUUCAAAUAACUUUACAGCCAUAAGGUUGAAAGCUUAGAGCUUUUAAUUUUAAUGAAAACAAUGUAGUGGAAAUGAAUAGGUGGACCACAGACAUGCACAAAUAAUAAAGCCGGUAUCUUAUCACAGUGCAUACUCUGUGCUCAGUUAAUGCACUAUACCUUUCACGUUCACAUACUAGUUUUUCCAGUUUCGAUAUACCCAAUUCUUUUUUGCACUCUGGCAACCCCUGUGUCUUGCACAAUACCCUGGCUGGCCAAAAUUUCCUUUUUAUUGGAUAGUGGCAGAUUAUAAAUGAGAGAUGCAGAGUAACACAUGCUAAACAUGCUCUUUGUAAUCCUCCACCAUUUGUGUGCCCAUUCUGAGAUAUAGGCAACCCAAACUGUAUGCACACGCAAAUUUUGAAUUUUCAGAUUAUUAUACUGCACAUUGAAUAAAUUAUUUAUUUUGGCUCUUUCCGUCAGGGUUUGCCCCAGAACUCCUACUAUCAUGCCACACAAGCUCACAUAUUUAUUUACAUAAAAUAUAUAAAAAUAACUGAACUUAAUGAUUAAGAGUAGUGUCCACAAACAUUUGGCCAUGUAGUAUAUAUUAGGUAUUUUUUAUAAUUGUUUGUUUAAUAUUAAUGUUAUAAUUAUUUAUUUAUGGCACUUGAACUUGAACAGAUGUCUUAAGGCCUUAACAUCUUGUUUGUAAAGCAGUGAGCAAAUAGAGGUUUCAAAGCCAAGGCCCUGAACGUCUGAAAACAUUCCCUAAUAUGAAACAUUCCCUAAUUCUUCAUCCCUAAGGAGACUAACUGGUCUUAAAAUAUUUACUUUAAUAAACACUAUGUUCUGGCACAUUUUCUUGCUGCUGCUUGAUGUUUUAUGCAGUGUUGUCCUUUCUGUUUCUGUUCUGACUUGAACAUUCUGUCACAUAACACAUUAAGAUGCUUUAAUCUGUGAAAUCUCCUAAUGCAGAACAGUGGAACCUGUUCAGUGUUGGUUGGUAUUUUACAUCGGUAGUAUUUAUUGUUAGAUAUCAAUACUUUAAAUGUUGCACUGUUUGUAACGGUCAGUAAUUGCACUUGUAAGAAUUGUGUUCUGAUCGUAUUAAAUGUUUAAAUGUACGGCUUUGAUAUUUGGAUGUUUGCUUCUCCAAAUUCCAGUGGCUUGCACAUGAUGCCACAUUAUGAGGAAAUUCAAAUACAGAUAUGAUAUUGGAAUCUACCAGUCUGGAGAGGGAUACAAAGCCAUUGCUAUGGCUCUGGGACUCCAACGAACCAUAGUGAGAGCCAUUGUCCACAAAGAUCCGCAGUGAGGCAAAGCCUGGUUCUACCUCCUGUUAGCACAUUUAAAUGAAUAUAUUGUUACUCUUUUAUAAUAUUUUAUCCACCACAUUUAUUAAAUUGACUACAUUAACUUGA